AUGGUAUGGCGUACUUUCAAAAUGCUCAUAUGUUUACAUCAUGAAUUCGGAAAAGGUGGGCCGCAGCGGAGUGUAAAAGAGGCGGCGGUACCGGCCCGAGAAUGGAGACUGUUGGUUGACCGGGAAGACAUCCUCGACGCACCGCACACGACUCUUCUUUCAACGAUGGAUCAAGCAGACGACCAAAACUGUCUAGUCUAA